AUGGCACCUACUCCGAUUACCCCAACCAUCACGCAGGCUUUUCACUCUCUGUCCAAGACCACCCGGGGCGCUCGACAGUUUACGACGAGUCGGUGCCACAGUGAAGUGAGUCGGCAGCGCAGAGAAAUGUUCGAAUGGCUGAAGACUCUAGAGAGAGACGUCUCCAAAAACCCCAAAGGCUCUCACUACCUCGGCGGAUACGAUCAGCCGUUCCCACAGAACCCCUUAUUUCGCAGCCAGCCUGUGCUAGAUGAAGGUGCAAGGGAGCUAAUCUGGAGGAGGUCAAAGAAGAACGGAGAGCCAUUAAAGGUAGUUUCCGCUGAUUUAGGAGUGGAUGUGAGGCGCGUUGCUGCAGUCGUUCGACUGAAGGAGGUGGAGAAGCGAUGGAUCUCUGAGGGAAACGUCUCGCGAAACCUUAUGCGAAAGCGAUCUUAA